AUGACCGAACCCAAGGAGGAGCCUGCUAUUGAGGAGCUCAAGGAAAUCAGAGCUCAUGAAGAGAUUGGGGACAUCAUCAUGCACGCCCCCACACACAUAGAGGAGCCUGAGGAAUAUCCAUCUUCAGACGAGCAAGAAGAACCUAAGGUGGAGCAAAUUGGUCGGUUUCUGGUAAUCUUCAGGAAGCUGAAUGUCAACUCCUCUCAUGCAGAGGGAUUGGAGAAGGACCCACCUUCCCUGGCGUGUUUGAAGGCCUCAAAGGGAGAUGAGAUUGUGGUACUGACCAAGGGGUGCCGUGCCUUAGUCCAAAAGAAGCUCCCUCAGAAGCUGCCUGAUCCCGGAAGCCUCCUAAUUUCCUGCACUAUAGGGACCAUAACCUUUGGGAAGGCACUAUGUGACCUUCGCUCAAGUAUCAACCUCAUGCCUCUCUCUGUGAUGAAGAGGCUAGGAAUUCAAGAGGUGCAGCCUGCCAAGAUCUCAUUGGAGAUGGCAGACAAGUCCCUGAAAAGGGCACAUGGCAUGGUGGAAGACCUCCUGGUAAAGGUUGAAGACCUUUACCUCCCUGCUGAUUUUGUGAUCCUAGAUACUGGGGAAGACAGAGACAACUCCAUCAUCCUAGGAAGGCCUUUUCUUGCCACUACAAAGGCCUUGAUAGAUGUGAAAAAAAAGAGCCAGUCCUGA